AUGCUCGCCGAUUCUCAACAUAUCAAGUGGACCGAUGGCUCUAUCAGUCAGCAGUGGAGAACGUGUUUAGAUAAAAAUUACGAUACAUGCUUGAGAAUCGUGGAGGAAAUCGAUGAAAGACUGGCAGAACUAAGCGCAGAGCUGAAUCACUUUGACUCUGUUCCUGCGCAACGGCAGGAUGUAGAUACCCAAGCUAGACUAACCCGGAUACAAUCGGCCAUUAAGAUGUCAUUUAAGCAGUCCGGGUAUGAUCAACUGAUCGAGGCUCUGCGUACGGCCAAUGCAGAUUUGCAAUUACUACGUAAACAUCUCAAAGAGUUCCAGAGACCUUCGCACUAUCAAGAAACCGCUUCAAUCAGCAGAGGGAGAAAGCGGUCCCGUGAGGAGUGUACUCAGUAUGAGGCCAUCAGACAUGUCUCUCGAGCACUGCACGAAGCGUUGACCACGUCGUGGUCCUGCUCCCAAUCCACCCAUCUUGCGCAUUAUGCGAAGUUAUUGCUGGAUGUUUCAGCUAAUCCAAAAUUUCGUCUGGAUCUGAUGAUAUUAUCAGAAAGUCGCCCACCACAAAAAACACUCGAGAAUCUAGUACGCUUGUCAGUUCUCUCGUAUAGUCGGCCAUGCAAAGAUUCCGGAUGCUAUGUUUCACCCUCAGAAGGCGCGGUAGAGAACCAAGAAAUGAUGAUUGGCGAGUCCUCACACCGUGCAGCAGAACAAGUUACCGAACGAACAGGGAAAGCGCGGAAAUUAUUCUUGACGGAUGACACUUCUGACAGGUCUCUUGACAAGGAAAUAUUGCAGUUGUGUGAUUACGUGAAUCUCAGUAGCUCGUCUGAUAUUUGUUCUGACCUGGCUCGGCAAACAGAACCAUCUCAGGAGCGCCACAGAGAAGAAAUCUGUAUCGGAUAUAUUGACACCACCGUUGACAAAUACUGCCAUAUUUUCUUCUCAGGCAACAAUCCGAACAGCGAGUCUCUCCAGGCAAAGUCUCAAGGCGAGCUGGCGCCUGUGUAUGAGUUGUUAAGCCAACCUCUGGAUGAUACUUUGACGGUAGUGGAUCAAUUGAAGCUAGUGCGCACUUUGGUAUCAGCGAUGCUACAGUUUCAUGCCACUCCUUGGCUAAAUGAAUACUGGGGCUUGCACGAUAUUGGCUUUUUUCGAUUUGGUGAUGAGUUUUCCGACGCUUGUUUGCGGUCCCUGCAUCUCACCACGGAAUUUUCUUCAAAAAGCCAUAAUAAUGACCAAGCCUUCAUUGAUGCAACUGAAGACUACCCUGAGCCCAAUAUGUCCGCUGUAAUUGAAGAUGCUAAAUUCCAGUAUGGCAUCCGCAAUUUGACUUUGUACUGUCUAGGAGUCGUCCUACUGCAGGUUGGACAUUGGGCGCUUGUUGACGGUGGGGAUAUUGGUAGAAUUCGAAGAUUAGCAGUCCAGUCAUGUAGACUAGGACCUAGGUACAAGAAAAUCGCACAGAGAUGCCUCGAUUGCGACUUUGGCUUAGGGAGUGACCUUUGCACACCUCAGCUCCAACAAGCCGUACAAAAUAGCGUACUGGACGAACUCACCGAUAUGAUUGACAGUCUUGAUAUUCGCAAGGAUUGA